AUGCAUAGAUUAUCAGAUUACAAUACACUUCAUCAAAUUAAUUUGCCUCGUAACACAAUUCAUCCAUAAAAACUUCUCACGUGUCUAAUCAUCACCGGUUUUUGUUGAAGAAUGUCGUCAUGGCACCAUGUACCGUUGUGAAUGAUCAAGCAUGUUUCAAAAACAACCGGCAUGUUUAGUCCUUGUUAGGUGACGUACCGGUGAAGCAUGAAGGGAUUAUCUGUGCUCGUUGUUUUAUUGUCAAUCGUAACGUUCGAUGGUUGCAAUGGCGCGUUAGAACCCAUCAGCUUGAACUCAAAUUUUUACUCCGAUGUUAUAGUACAAAUUUUGCAGACAUACUACUCUAAAAGUCAAGUUCCAGUCCAAAUCAACUGGAUGUCCUCGGAUCCCAAUAAGGCAACCCAGCAAGAUGAUUUGAUCAAUCAAGUUCUACGCAGUAAAAGUGGAAAUCCCAAUUUGUUGUUUCAUUUGGCUAACAUAAUGCAGAGAAGACCGUUUUACUACAAUCUCAUUUUCGUUGACAGUUACAGUGCUUUCAUGCAUUUGAUGAAAAACUUCAAUAGUUUGAUAUAUGACUUCUCCGGACUGUAUACUAUCGUAAUGACCGAUGCACCGAUGGACUUCAACGUGAUUUCGAAAAUGUUCAGCGAUAUGUGGCAGUUGGGAAUUGCUAGUUGUAUUCUCCUAAACGCGGAUCUACGACCUCAUCAAGAAGCUGUUAACAUUUUCACAUACUUUCCUUACACUCCAGGAUAUUGUGGUGUGGCGAACCCCGAGCUCAUCCACUCAGUGUACGUCAACGACAUGGACAUGUCAAGUGUGAACCUUUUCCAAAAUCGUUUCAAAAAUUUUCAUAAUUGUUCGCUAACGAUUGGCACUUUUGAAAUAAGACCGUUCAUCAUCAGAGAUUAUACGGAAGAUGCCGAUACGGCAAAAAUUAGUGGUAUCGAAGCGGAUAUGAUGAGCAUCCUAUCGGAACGGUUGAACUUUCACGCAGAGUACCAGUUCACACCAAACGAAACUCAGUGGGGAUUUCUGGGUGAAACCAACAGUACCGGUCUGAUGCGAAUGAUUCAGCAUGGUGAAGUUGACCUCGGGAUAGGCUGCCUUUCGUUCACUAAGAAACGCAACGAGCUUCUUAAGGCCGGAAGAGGUCAUUACACGUCCAAGUUGGUCUUUGCAAUUCCUGAAGGACGGCCAUACACUCCGUUGGAAAAACUGCUGAGACCCUUUGAAACGAGAAUGUGGAUAGCCAUCGGCUUGUGCUUAUUAUUAGGUGUUUUAGCGGUAAUUGGCAUCCAGAAUUCCGAUCUGAGGCACUACUUCAUAGGAACGGACGAAGACGAUCCGUUGAUGAAUAUGUUCAAUGUCGUUUUCGGGAAUGCAGUACUAACUUCGCCGGACAGAUGUUCCGCGCGCGUGGUGCUGAUAUCGUGGAUCUACUACUGCUUUGUGAUACGAUCAGUGUAUCAGGGUUUGCUGUUCCAGUAUUUGCAACAGGAGCAACGUUGGCCACAAGUUGAAAGCGUAGAUGACAUUCAAAGAGAACAGUUUCCUUACCAUAUGUCGGAUGUGGCCGUACGAUUCUUUGAGAGUGCACCACAUAUUUUGAACAGAACAAUUUUCCUACCACAAGAGAGUGACAGUCUCGGCAAGGCAUUGGAACGGUUGGCACGCGGGAAAUUGUACGGAGUCGUUUUGGUACCAAUUGACUCCAUCACAUACCACAACAAGUACAAAACGGAACUAGGGCUGGUCUCCAGGAUGAAGAGCGAAUUGGCCAUUCUACCGUUGGGCAUUCAUUAUCCGAAAAAGUCCCCCUUACCGAAGGUGUUUGAUAAAAUCAUCGGGGACCUUCAUCCGUCGGGGUUGAUCAAUUUUCUGGCUCAUAGUUAUGGUACGUUUGCGUUUGUACAAGACGAUCAGAAUAAUCAAGGGGAACCGAUGCCAUUGAACAAUAGGCAUCUGCUGGGUAGCUAUGUGCUGUACUUGAUAUUAAACGCUUAA